AGGGCAGGGAUUACAAUACAGGGACUCUAUAAACCCAUCUAUGAUUUAUGUCCUAAACCUCCACAAACCCUUUUCCAAAACCCUCCGAAAUCAACUCCAAAAUUUCGAGCCCCCGCUCUCCUCAGUACUCCAGAGAGCCAUGGGCUUCUUCGACCUGGGCAUACCCUACACCGACCUCCCGCCGCUGCCUGACCGCUCAACACGCGCCAAGCUCGUCACCAAGGCCCUCGAGCUCGGCUACGCCGGCGUCGCCUACAACCGUACGAUCAAAGGCGUCAUGUCCGAUCGCGACCGUUGCUCCAUCCCCCUCCUCACUCUCCCUUCCCUCCUCAAACUCUCCCCCCACCUCACCUCUUCCGUCGCCUUCCACCGCGACCUCCUCUCCGUCCCACGCGCCACCCCCUUCCGCCAGUACACGCGCCUCACCGUCUGCGCCGAAACCCCUGCCCAGGCCCAGGCCCUCAACUACGGCAACCCCGUUUUGAAGACCUACGAUCUGGUCGCCGUCAAGCCGAUGAACCAGUCGGCUUUCGAACAGGCCUGUGAGAAAUUGGAGGUAGAUAUAAUUGCGAUUGAUUUUUCGGAGAGUUUGCCGUUUCGAUUGAAGCAGCACCUUGUUAAAGCUGCCAUGGAGCGGAAUGUGUAUUUUGAGAUCACGUAUGCCGGGUUUAUUGCCGAUGUUCGAACUAGAAGGCAAAUUAUAACCAAUGCUAAGUUACUUGUAGAUUGGACUCGAGGAAGGAAUAUUAUUAUCUCUAGUGCUGCCCCAACUGCAAAUGAAUUUAGAGGGCCAUAUGAUGUUGCAAACUUAAUGUCAUUGCUUGGUCUCUCUGUGGAACGAGCUAAAGCAGCUGUCUCAAGAAAUUGUAGGACUCUUAUAUCUAAUGCUAUGAGGAAAAAACAUUAUCAUAAGGAGGCUAUCAGAGUUGAAGUACUACCAUCAGGUCAAGAAAUUGACAAACCGUGGUCUAGUGACUCUUUUAAUUGGGAUCCCAUCUCUAGUGGUGAAGGUGAUUUGCUUUUAGAUGAUUUGGCAAAGGCUUUCAGUAAUUCCAGCACUAAAGCAACCAAAACAGUCAAAAGCACUAAUUUUGCUUCGGUUGUUGACAGCAUGCCAUCACUUGGAUUUCAAGUCAAGGAUGAUAAAUCAGGACCUAGUGUGGGUGUGGCACAUGCAUUGCCAACUCAGAAAAACAUUUUUUCUAAUCUCCAGUUAAGUGCACAAUCAAUUGCAGCUGAUGGAGUGCAAGAACAAUUUGUUUUAUGUGAUACCCUGUUGAAGCGGCAAAGGUUCAAAAGUGAACAUUCUCAGAAAUGGUAUGCAGCUUGUGAUACCAAAGCUGUUAACAAUGUUGUUGAAAUUGAAGAUCCUGCGAUGGACACUAGAGCCGGCGCAAAUAGUCCAGAUGAAACAGAUGCAAUUACUAUAGAAAUUCUAAAUGCACAAUCACAGAAGUCUGAUGUUGCAAAUGCUAUUAAUGAAGUUAUGGACAUUGAAAUUUGUGCAAGCACUGGAGCAGAACCUAUGAAUUCAGCUGAAUCAAUGGGGAUUAAAACAGAAAUUUAUGAUGUGCAAUUGCUGAAUUCUGUGACUGCCGAAACUUUUAGAGAUGCUAUGGAAAUUGAAGCUCCAAUAACCACUGGAGCGGAAACAAAGAAUCCAGAUGGAAUAGAUGGGUUUGCUACAGAAAUCCAAAAUGUGCAACAAAGGAGUAUGACUGAUUGCCAAUUGAAUGUUCAUGCAGUAGACAUCGGGUUGAGUGUUGCUUGUAAUCCUGAUUCUGAAGUUGAAGUUCCUACUAAUUAUCAAGACAGUGAAAUUCCUUGUCCUCAUUAUGAAGAGACUGAUAGUGUUAACAUUGGUGAUACACAAAGUGAUCUAGUGGAUGCAAUUUUAACAGGUAAAGAAAAAGAAUUUUUGCCUCUUGGUUCAGUAUUGGAUAAUAGUAUCCCAGAAAUGGAUGAAUUGAGGGAAUCUGAAGAUGAUGCAGUUGCACUUGCACUUUCAAGUCAGGUCCCUGUUCUUGAUUCUAAUGAUGAGAUGACAGUAAAUGAUGAUUUUUCGGUUGCAAAUCACGGUACAGCAGUGGUGAUAAGGGAUGAGCAAGAACAUGGGAAGGCUGAUGGUUCAUUGAGCUAUUCAGCCUUGGUUCAGUCUGAUUUAGGGAAGUCCAAGGCUAGAAGGAAGAAACCUCAUCAGGUGGGAUUUCUUCCUCUCAAGCGAUUACUGUAUGCUACACCUUUUAAGAAGGUUCAGAAAAGUAAAAGGAGACAUAAGAAGGCGUAGGUAAGCAAAGAUUAGUCUUAAUAUUAUUAAUUUGCGAUGUAGGUGAGGAAAUUUGGCUGCAUAUUUAUCUGUCUUGACAUUUCGGUAUCCAUUCACAUGUAGUGGAUGUAAUUUUUCAUUGGCCCCAAGGGCCUCACAGAGGAUCUACUAUCAAUUUUUGAUCCUUAUAGCAAUUUUGCCCAUGAUUGCAUUCA